ACCACGCCUUGCGCCUGCGCAGAGCUCUUCAAAGCAGAAGGUUGCGCUUGGAGGAAGUGAAGGCUUUGGGUUCCGUGGCCGCAGCGCCGUUACUACUUCUCAGAAGCUCCACUCGGCCCCUUGCCGAGACACCCCGCCGCCAAGAUGCCUCGAAUUAUGAUCAAGGGGGGCGUGUGGAGGAAUACUGAGGAUGAAAUUCUGAAGGCAGCGGUAAUGAAAUAUGGGAAAAACCAGUGGUCUAGGAUUGCCUCACUGCUGCAUAGAAAAUCAGCAAAGCAGUGCAAAGCCAGAUGGUACGAGUGGCUGGAUCCCAGCAUUAAGAAAACAGAAUGGUCCAGAGAAGAAGAGGAAAAACUCUUGCACUUGGCCAAGUUGAUGCCAACUCAGUGGAGGACCAUUGCUCCAAUCAUUGGAAGAACAGCUGCCCAGUGUUUGGAACACUAUGAAUUUCUUCUGGAUAAAGCUGCCCAGAGAGACAAUGAAGAGGAAACAACAGAUGAUCCACGAAAACUUAAACCUGGAGAAAUAGAUCCAAAUCCAGAAACAAAACCAGCACGGCCUGAUCCGAUUGAUAUGGAUGAGGAUGAAUUGGAGAUGCUUUCUGAAGCUAGAGCCCGCCUGGCUAAUACUCAGGGAAAGAAAGCCAAGAGGAAAGCGAGGGAGAAACAGUUGGAAGAAGCAAGGCGUCUUGCUGCCCUCCAAAAGAGAAGAGAACUUCGAGCAGCUGGCAUAGAAAUUCAGAAGAAAAGAAAAAAGAAGAGAGGAGUUGAUUAUAACGCUGAAAUCCCAUUUGAGAAAAAGCCUGCUCUUGGUUUCUAUGAUACUUCUGAGGAAAACUACCAGGCUCUUGAUGCCGAUUUCAGAAAGUUAAGACAACAGGAUCUUGAUGGGGAGUUGAGAUCUGAAAAAGAAGGACGAGAUAGAAAAAAAGACAAGCAGCAUUUGAAAAGGAAAAAAGAAUCUGAUUUACCGUCAGCAAUUCUUCAAACUAGUGGUGUUUCUGAAUUUACUAAAAAGAGAAGCAAACUAGUACUACCUGCCCCUCAGAUUUCAGAUGCAGAACUCCAGGAAGUUGUAAAAGUAGGCCAAGCAAGUGAAAUUGCACGUCAAACUGCUGAGGAAUCUGGCAUAACAAACUCGGCUUCCAGUACUCUCUUGUCUGAGUACAAUGUCACCAACAACAGCAUCGCUCUGAGAACACCACGAACACCAGCUUCCCAGGACAGAAUUCUGCAGGAAGCCCAAAACCUCAUGGCUCUGACCAACGUGGACACCCCAUUAAAAGGUGGACUUAACACCCCUUUGCACGAGAGUGACUUCUCAGGUGUGACUCCACAGCGGCAGGUUGUACAGACUCCAAACACGGUUCUUUCUACCCCAUUCAGAACUCCUUCUCAUGGAUCUGAAGGGCUGACUCCCCGGAGUGGGACAACUCCCAAACCAGUUAUUAACUCCACCCCGGGUAGAACGCCUCUUCGAGACAAGUUAAACAUUAAUCCCGAGGAUGGAAUGGCAGACUACAGUGAUCCCUCUUAUGUGAAGCAGAUGGAAAGAGAAUCUCGUGAACACCUCCGUUUAGGGUUGUUGGGCCUUCCUGCCCCUAAGAAUGACUUUGAAAUUGUUCUACCAGAAAAUGCCGAGAAGGAACUGGAAGACCGUGAAAUAGAUGAUACUUACAUUGAAGAUGCUGCUGAUGUGGAUGCACGGAAGCAGGCCAUACGAGAUGCCGAGCGUGUAAAGGAAAUGAAACGAAUGCACAAAGCUGUCCAGAAAGAUCUGCCAAGACCAUCAGAAGUAAAUGAAACUAUUCUAAGACCCUUAAAUGUAGAACCACCUCUGACAGAUUUACAGAAAAGUGAAGAACUAAUCAAAAAAGAAAUGAUCACAAUGCUUCAUUAUGACCUUCUACAUCACCCUUAUGAACCAUCUGGAAAUAAAAAAGGAAAAACUGUAGGAUUUGGUACCAAUAAUGCAGAGCACAUUGCCUAUCUGGAACAUAACACUUAUGAAAAGUUUUCCAAAGAAGAGCUGAAAAAGGCCCAGGAUGUUCUGGUACAGGAGAUGGAAGUGGUAAAACAAGGUAUGAGCCACGGAGAACUCUCAAGUGAAGCUUAUAACCAGGUGUGGGAAGAAUGCUACAGUCAAGUUUUAUAUCUUCCUGGGCAGAGCCGCUACACACGGGCCAACCUAGCUAGCAAAAAGGACAGAAUUGAGUCACUGGAAAAGAGGCUUGAGAUAAACAGGGGUCACAUGACGACAGAAGCCAAGAGAGCUGCAAAGAUGGAAAAGAAGAUGAAAAUUUUGCUUGGGGGUUACCAGUCUCGUGCAAUGGGGCUCAUGAAACAGUUGAAUGACUUAUGGGACCAAAUUGAGCAGGCUUACUUGGAGUUACGCACUUUUGAAGAACUCAAGAAACAUGAAGAUUCUGCUAUUCCCCGAAGGCUAGAGUGUCUAAAAGAAGAUGUUCAGCGACAACAGGAAAGAGAAAAGGAGCUUCAGCAUAGAUAUGCUGAUUUGCUGCUGGAGAAAGAGACUUUAAAGGCCAAAUUCUGAAGCAUAUUCUCUCACAAGAUGAAUUAAUUGCUGGUGUUCAUACCCUGGAAGGCUGAUACUGAUGUUUAUCUUCAUUGACAAAUUUGCCCACCAUCUGUGGUUUUUCAGUUGUUUAUUUUAAAUGAUAUCGAUCUUACACAUUUAUGUAUAAAGACUUUAGCUCCACAGGACAUAUUUUAGGGUUUAAAUUAUUAAGACGAUCAUUCUUUUAGAAGUGUCAUAUUUGCAGAUUUUUUUUAGUUUUGGCCUUUAAUUUUAAAAGCCUGAUUUUAAACUGCUGCCUGUGAGUAAACUCUCGAAUAAAAACAAAAUAUAAAAAAUU